AUGAAUUUUGACUUAGAUCUACUUACAGGCUUGCAGAUUUUGGGACAGAAGACGCCGGCUUCAGUUACAAACGGACUCAAAAAACGAGCAUCCGUUGCUGUGAUUCUUGCAACAGACCCUCCUCAAACAACAUCUACCCCGAAUUGGAUCCAUCGAAUUCCUUCUAGUGUAACGCCUCAUGUCCUACUAAUUCAGAGAUCUUUUCGUGAAACAGAUCGAUGGUCUGGUCAUGUCGCUUUGCCUGGUGGCGUUCGUGAAGUAGAUGAUAAAUCCGAUGUUCACACUGCUAUACGAGAAACAAGAGAAGAAGUUGGUAUUGAUCUUUGCGAGCAAGGGGCAUAUCUUGCCGGUUCUCUAGAUGAACGAGUUAUUUCUUCUAACUGGGGUAGCACUCCUUUACUAGUGCUUUCAUCUUUUGUUUUUGUAUUACCCAAGCUUUGUGAGUUCCGCCUUGAUGAAACUGAAGUGUUUUCUGCCCAAUGGAUCCAUCUCAGCGAUCUUUUGCGCCCAACAUUUUUUACUCGUAUAAAAGUUGAUCCUUCUCGGGCUAUUGCAAGUCAUACCUUACCUUCUUUAGAGCCUUUCUUGCAAUUCUUUGUUGGUAAAUUGUACUAUUCAGCGAUACGUUUAGAACCUCAUAUUGAUUCACCAGCUUCUCAGCUUCCCGUCGACAAACGACCAUUGCUAUGGGGUAUUACACACAGCAUAUUCGUCGACUUAUUUGUUUACUUUUCCCCUUCUUCUGCGAAAUCCUGUAUCAUAUGGACUUUACCUUACUUUCAGCAGUACGACUUUCGAGUUAUUACAAAUAUCAUAUCAUGGAAAUACAAAAGAAAUAUGUCUAGCAAAUACCCCCAAGGCAAUUGGGCUCUCAAAACACUUCAAGGAUACUAUAAGUACUUAAAGCUGGCUUUAAUAAUCGGAUUUCUGUUUCGUAUUAUAGUCUGCUGCUUUCUCCUUUUUAAGUUAUUACAACAUUUAAAGUAA